AUGGGUGCUGACGGCGGCUCCAUUCCCGACAGGAGGGAUCUUGUCAAGACCAAGGGAAAGCUGGAGAAGACUGACAAGGCUCUUCUUCGUGAGCGCUUCUUCUAUUGUGCGCUGAGCAAGCCUGUCGUUCUCGACCCCUUAGGAAAGCUCUACAACAAAGAGGCUAUCAUCGAGUACCUGAUCGACAAAACUGCCUAUGGAGAUGGGGAUGAGAUCUGCCCUUACAUCAAGAGCGUUAAGACACUGAACCUCAUGCCGAACCCGGCGCUUAGCGAGGGAGACGACGCGACGUCUGUUUCGCGUGCUCCGUUUGUAUGCUGGUUGUCUCUGAAGGAGAUGACCGGUGCCGUGCCUUUCAUUGCGAUCCGCAACUGCGGCUGCGUCUUCAGCGAGGCCGCCGUUCGCGCCAUCAUCCCCAACCUCGCCAAGGGCCCGGAGUCGUUCUCAGAUGGGCCGGCAGAGCCAGUAGCUUGUCCGAACUGCACCAAGCCGUUCGAUCCCUCGGCCCAAUCGAGCGUCAUGCCCAUCUACCCCUCACCUGAAGUUCAGGACCUGCUACUCGACGUCCUUCUCGCGAAGCGUGCCGCGGGCAAGUCGAGCAAGAAGCGAAAGGCCGACAAGGGCGAGAAGGUGGCAGAACCUGAGAACGGUGAGAAAAAGGCGAAGAAGGACAAAGCGGAGAAGCGGGAUCGGGAAGAGCGAACAGGCUCGGGAUCGCCUGCUCCGCGUGCCGGUGCGCAACCGACCGUCAGCCGCAGCGUCCAGUCGCUGCUCGCUGAGCAGGAGAAGAAGCGCCUGGCAGCUCAGGAGAACAUGAGCGAUGCUGUGAAGUCGAUGUUCCGGGCCAAGUCCGACAAAAAAGACGACACUAGUGACUUCUUCGGACGAACGUUCAACAGGGUGAGCACUCAGAUCAGACACAGAGUUUGGGCUGACUAG